AUGAUGGACAAGUUUCAGUACAGAUACACGAGCUUCGGUUUCGUGACGAUCUGCAUCGGAUCGAUCGCGCUUGUUUGUUUGAUCUCCCGAAUUUCAACUUCCUUCUUCGACUAUUCUCUUCAGAAAUUCGAAUUCUCGUUCCCAGAAAGUGAGCUCCGGAGAAGCGUCUACACUUCCGGAGAUGAAAACAGAGUCGUUGAUUCUCGUCACGUCUCUCAACAGAUCCUCGCCGUCAAAUCAAGCAAUUCCAGUUUGCAGAGUAAACCGAAAAAGCUAAGCCGGAGAAAAAUGGUGGAACAAGGACUGGGGAAAGCAAGAGCUUCGAUUCGCAAAGCAGCUUCUAAUCGCAACGUUACAUUGUUCAACAUCGACCUCCCAAACCCAGAAGUCUAUCGUAAUCCAUCAGCUUUGCAUCGGAGUUACUUGGAAAUGGAGAGGAGGUUUAAGGUGUAUGUAUACGAGGAAGGAGAGCGACCGUUAGUUCACGACGGACCGUGCAAGAGCGUGUACGCCGUCGAAGGCAGAUUCAUAAUGGAGAUGGAGAAAGGGAAGACGAAGUUUCGUACUUACGAUCCAAACCAAGCUCACGUCUACUUCUUGCCCUUUAGUGUCACUUGGCUGGUCAAAUACUUGUACGAAGGCAAUGCAGACGCAGGGCCUUUGAGAACGUUUGCUUCUGAUUACAUCAGAUUAGUCUCCACUAAUCAUCCUUUCUGGAAUCGAACCAGUGGAGCUGAUCACUUCAUGCUUGCCUGUCACGACUGGGUAAUUACUAAUUAA